UGUAAGCUUUGAGGAGAGCGUCUAUUUUCACGUUCUACGUCCCACGCUGAUUGCUCGCUCGCUUUCUUUCCCCCUCUUUUCCCACCUUUUGAGCUGGCUGCCAGGUCAGAGCGUGUGUCACCGACUGUCCCGGGGUCCCGCCGCCUCCCUCGGCCGCGGAGCGCCGGCCCGCCCGCACCCAGGGGCUCCUCCUGCCCCACUGCCCCGGGGCUGCUGGAAAACCAAAGGGGAAAAGGAGUAAAACUACAUUUAGUCGAGAGGAGAAACGGGGCCACCCGCGGGUGCGGGACACCGGCGGGGCUCACAGCAGGGGGGGCGGCUGCUGCCCGGGGCGCCGGGAGCUCCGCACGGCUGGGCUCGGCUGGGCUCGGCACGGCUCAGCCAGCCUAGGCACGGCGCCGCGUGACUCAUUCGGAAAGUGAAAGUGAAGCGGCGGCCACGUGUUUUCGGAGAAGGCAGCAGCAGGGGCGGAGCCAGCAGCGCCGCGGCCGCCGCGUUAAAUAGAAAGCGGCGGGGAUGCUGGGGCGCAGAGCGCUGCUGCCGCCCGUGCCGGCAGCCCCGCACAGCUCCGGCGCGGCCCCCGCGGAGGAUGCUCGGCCGCCCGGCGCGGCCACCAGCAGGAGCGCUUGCCGGGGCCGGCCCCCGCCCGCGCCUCCGCUGCGCCCCGGGGGCGGCCCCCGCCCCGGCCGAGAAUAGCUGCUGGAAAGCUGCCCUGCCGUAGCCACUGACGCUAUGGAAGACCGCAUCCGCUGGUCUAGGCUGUAGGAUGGUAGCGCACAGCAAGGUGUCAGCAGAUAAUGCAGUUGCAGCAGACCCAAGAUGUCUACUUGACCCCCCAGCACGGGAUCGUUCGCAGGCUCGAGGCUACCACGGCCCAGGCCGGCCCAGCACUCUGCAGGCCCAGAGCAACACGCACUUUCGAACCUUUCGCUCGCAAGCGGAUUUUAGUAGCAUCACUCGAGCAAGCAGCCUGCUGGAUGCCUGUGGCUUUUACUGGGGACCUCUGACUGUCAAUGCUGCCCACGAGAAGCUGAAGUCUGAGCCUGAGGGCACCUUCCUCAUCAGGGACAGCACGCAAAGGAAUUGCUUCUUCGCCAUCAGUGUUAAGACUGCAACUGGGCCCACCAGCAUCCGGAUUAACUUUCAGACUGGGCGUUUCAGCCUGGAUGGCAGCCAAGAGACUUUCGACUGUCUUUUUAAGCUGCUGGAACAUUACCUAAGCUCCCCAAGGAAGGUACUGGUUACCCCCCUGCGCAAAGUCCGCGUGCAGCCCCUGCAGGAGCUCUGCCGGAAGAGCAUCGUGAAGACUUUUGGAAGAGACAACUUAAACCAGAUCCCUCUUAAUCCUGUUUUAAAGGACUAUCUGAAAUCCUUCCCAUUUCAGAUAUAAGUACAGCAUUACCUGUAUAGGGACAUGUGAGAGAUGUGUAAAGAAAUCUGGCUUCUUGGGGUUUUAAACAUGUGUGACAGUGAGCAAACUUAUUUUUGUAGCGAUUUACUGUAUUUUGGGAGGGAACUUGAACACUUGACUACUUAUGUUUACAAAAACUGUUUGCACAAACCUGGGGUUU